AAAUCGAUCUGCUGUCUUGUGUUAAUUGUUUCCUCGUCUGUUGCUACAGCUCGUAAAGCCCACAGGAAUGGCAUCAAGAAGCCUAGGUCUCAGCGCUACGAGUCACUGAAGGGGGUGGAUCCUAAGUUCAUGAGGAACCUGCGCUUUGCUAAGAAGCACAACAAGAAGGGGCUGAAGACCAUGAGGAAGGCGGCGCAGAAGGCAGUACCGACCACGGUGCCGACCACAGUUCAGGCCACGAAAUAAACUGCCAACCGUUCACCUCAAUGUCUGUCAGUGUUUAAUAGGCUGUUUCCACCAUCACAAUAAAGCUAUGCUUUGUUAACAAACCAA